UCUUGCGAGGAAACAAAACUGUCUGGAUAUUCUUUAGUUGAUGACAAUUUAACGAUUUCGUUGAAUUUUGACUGGGACCUAGAUGAUAAACUGAAUACAGGUUUCAAAGGGGAGAUAUUGUAAAAUGACAUCCUGAAUGUCUUCGAUUUUUGAGGAGAUCCCUGGAAUUUGGAUUCAACAUGGCAGCCACCGGAGUGUUGCCGUUCGUUCGUGGGGUAGAUUUAAGUCGAAAUAACUUCAAGUCAGACCUGUUCCCUAAGGAUGUCGCAGACAUGUCAAGUCUACGAUGGUUGCGUGUCAACAAGACCAGAUUGGAGAUGCUUCCAGAUGAACUGUCAUCCCUUUCAAAAUUGGAACAUCUCCACAUGGCCAGAAACAACUUGAUCCAGAUCCACGGUGACCUGCCCACCCUGCAGUGUCUACGCACCAUCAAUGUCAGACACAACAAGAUCCGCAACUCAGGGAUACCCAAUGACAUCUUCCGCCUCGAUGACAUCACAGUUGUCGAUUUUAGUUACAAUCAGCUGUCGGCCAUACCGGAGGAGCUCGAGAUGGCAAAGUCAUUGCUGGUGCUUAAUCUCAAUCACAACAAUAUUUCCAGCAUUCCCCAGCAGCUGUUUAUCAACCUGACAGAUCUCAUCUAUCUCAACAUUAGUGACAACAAAUUAGAUUCCAUCCCUCCUCAGUUGAGGCGACUAAGCAACCUGCAGACCCUGAUACUGGACAACAAUCCUCUUCUUCAUGCACAACUUCGGCAAAUCACUGCCCUGACCCAGCUUCAGACCCUGCAGCUGCGCAACACCCAGCGCAAUCCCAACAACAUCCCGCCUCAGCUGGAUGCCCUGGUCAACCUGUCCGAUGUGGACCUGUCGUACAAUGAGCUGACCAAGGUGCCGGAGGGACUGUACAAGCUGGGCUCGCUCAAGAGGCUGAACCUCAGCAGCAACUGCAUCACGGAGCUGUCCAGUGCCAUGGACACAUGGGUCAACCUGCAGACACUGAACCUGUCGCGGAACAAGCUGACCUCCCUUCCAGCCGCUCUCUGCAAACUCAUCAGCCUGAAGCGGCUGUACAUCAGCUGCAACAAGGUAGACUUUGACGGCAUACCCAUAGGCAUCGGCAAGCUGAUGAGUCUGGAGCAGUUUGUGGCUGCAGACAACAAUCUGGAAUCUAUACCAGAAGGACUGUGCAGAUGUCCCAAGCUCAAGAAGUUGAUUCUCACCAAGAACAGAAUUCUUACUCUCCCUGAGGCCAUCCACUUAAUCACAGACCUGGAGGUUCUUGACGUGAGAGACAAUCCAGAUUGCGUCAUGCCACCCAAGCCCGUCCCCCAGCAAAAGGGUAGUGGGGCUGAGUACUACAACAUUGAUUUCUCUCUCAGUCACCAACUACGACUCGUCGGGGCAUUGCCUCCCACUCCCGGGGGAGGCUCAUCAGCUUCCAAGGAUCCCUUGGCUCGUAAGCUGCGUCUGAGACGGAGGAGACAAGAGAGCAUGACGCGAGCGCAAGGCAAGGACGAUGCCGGAGAACAAGCUAAAGUCUUGAAGGGAAUGAGUGAUUUAGCCAAAGACAAGAACGAAGGGAAGACUCCCGGUUUAGAAGAGCAAGAAGAGGUCAAACCCAAGAGCUGGUUGGAUGCUCUGGAGAAGCCUCAGCUGGACUACUCUGACUUCUUCCCUGAGGAGACUGGACAAGACGAGGGGCUGACUAUCUGGCAGAUUGAGAACUUUGUUCCCCUCCUGAUUGACGAAGCCCUUCACGGGAAGUUCUACGAAGCUGAUUGCUACAUCCUCUUACAUAGUUUUCUUGACGAGAAUGACUUGAUGAAGUGGCAGAUAUAUUACUGGAUUGGCAACACAGCAUCGUUGGACAAGAAAGCCUGCGCCGCCAUCCACGCUGUCAACCUCCGCAACAUGCUGGGCACCCGCACGCGGACCAUCCGCGAGGAGAUGGAGGACGAGAGCCCAGAGUUCCUCACUCUCUUUGACAACGACAUCUCGUACAUAGAGGGCGGCACAGCCAGUGGGUUCUUCAGUGUGGAGGAGACGGAUUAUACCUUACGGAUGUACAGGGUGUCGGGCACGCAGAGUCUGCAUCUGGAGGCUGUUGCCAUGGAGCCCGAGCAGUUGGAUCCUUUUUUUGUCUUUAUCGUGGACAUUGGCAUGAAGAUGAUGAUCUGGUACGGUCAGCACUGCAAGUCCCUCACAAAGUCGAAGACAAGGCUGUUGGCAGAGAAGAUCAACAAAAUGGAGCGCAAGAACAACGCCAGCAUCACCAUGAUGGUGCAAGGCAAUGAGAGUGGGGAAUUCUGGGAAGCUCUGGGCGGUGUAACCGACGACUUUGUCAUCAGGCCGUGGGUCGGGAACUUUGUGCCUGACAAGCCCAAGUUGUACAAGGUUGGACUCGGCAUGGGCUAUCUGGAACUUCCCCAGGUUGAAUUGCCAAAGGGCAAGCUGUCACAGUCGCUGUUGGAAACCAAAAACGUCUACAUCCUAGACUGCAAUGCCGAUGUCUUCAUCUGGAUUGGCCGAAAGUCAACGAGGCUGGUCCGAGCGGCUGCCCUCAAGUUGUCUCAGGAGCUGUGCAGCAUCAUCCAUCGUCCCAGCUGUGCUAGCGUCAUCAGGGUCCUAGAAGGGUAUGAACCCUAUUUGUUCAAGCAGCAUUUUCCCACUUGGGAUGAGAUCCUAGCUGUGGACUAUACAUGCACCGCCGAGGUGGUGCUCAAAUCAAUGAUUGAGCAGAUGCGAACUGAGAGUCAGGUCUUCAAGUCUAAGUUCCAAGGCUGGGAUGACGUGCUGGCUGUUGACUACACCCGCCGUGCUGAAGCUGUCCUGAAGAAACCUGCUAUACAGACGGAUGCAUUGGAUGGACAGAAUGAAAUGAAGACCGACCUGUCAGCUCUUUUCUUGCCUAGGCAACCUUCCAUGCCCAGCCAUGAAGCAGACCAAUUGAUGGAAGAUUGGAACGAGGAUCUUGAUGGUAUGGAGUCAUUUGUCUUGGAAGGCAAGAAAUUUGUCCGGCUUCCAGAUAAAGAAAUUGGUCACUUCUACAGCGGCGACAGCUACGUCUUCCUCUGCCGCUACUGGGUCCCAAAGGACGUCCCAGAGGGGGACGAGGAGGAGAAGAAGGCCAGCGAAGAUGCUGAUGGACACGAGGAUGACGAAGAAGACGACGACGACGAGGAGCCAGAGGAGGACUUCCAGUGCACCGUCUACUUUUGGCAGGGCCGGGAGGCCAGCAACAUGGGCUGGCUGACCUUCACCUUCAGCCUGCAGAAGAAGUUUGAGUCCCUGUUUGGUGACAAGCUGGAGGUAGUGCGGCUCUGCCAGCAACAAGAAAAUCUGAAGUUCCUGUCCCACUUCAAGAAGAAGUUUGUGAUCCACCGCGGCCGGCGCAGGCCCACAUCGGCUGCCGACUCGGAGCAAGAACUGAGCCUCAACCCCUCCUUCUACCACAUCAGGUCCAACGGAGGCCCUCUCAGCACCCGUUGCGUCCAGGUGCACCCGACAGUGCAGUGGCUCAACUCAGAGUUUUGUUACAUUUUGAAGGUUCCAUUCCGGAACCAAGAUAGUAAGGGUAUCGUCUACACCUGGAUUGGCAACAAAGCUGACCCCGAGAUGGCUAGAAUAGCAGAGGAGUUGGCGUAUGACAUGUUUGAUGAUACCCACAGCUUCCAGCUUCUCUCGGAGGGGGAGGAGCCCGAGAACUUCUGGUGGGUGGCGCUGGGCGGCCAACGCAAGUACGACGAGGAUGCCUACUACAUGCAUCACUCCAGACUCUUCAGGUGCUCCAACGAGAAGGGCUUCUUCACUGUGUCUGAGAAAUGUUCCGACUUCUGCCAGGAUGAUCUUGCCGAUGAUGAUGCAAUGAUCCUGGACACUGGUAAUGAGGUGUAUCUAUGGUGCGGUCCCAGCAGCAGUGAAGUGGAGAGGAAACUAGCCUUUAAGAGUACACAGGUGUAUGUCCAACACAUGCGUAACAAGGAAGAGGAACCCAACCGCAAACUGGCCAUAGUCCGCAAAGGCAGAGAGACCUGGAAAUUCAUCCGUUGCUUCCACGGAUGGGGGAACUACAAGACAGCUCCAAAGUGAAUUCAUUGAGGAAUUGGCUGUUAACAGACCCUGUAAAGUAGUUAGUCAUCCUGGCUCAAACUUUGAAGCAUAAAUUAUGAAUUAUUCAGUUGUGGUUGAAACAUUUUGCUACCCGGUCGUUGGUUUUUUUUUCCUCGGAUUGCUGUGAAUGUCAUUUUAAAAUUUGCCUGGUAGAUUUGAAUGUCAGCAAGCCAAGCCUGGUAAAUCUUUAAGGCUCAGUGGUUAAGGCAUUUGCAUCACCGUGCAGAGGUUUGGGGUUCGAAUCCCACUCAAUCCCACUCUGUGAAGUCACCAAGUGUGCACCUUAUGCAGGCUUGAAACUCAUUUUGCAUGUACCUGUAGCUCUUUGUAUGUAACACUUAGAACUUGUCAUCGCAUGAUUUCCAGAAUUCAGAUUGCUUUCAGUGCUGGACCGCUAUCUUUCCUAUCUAAAUACUGUGAUCAAACAUUUCUGGGUUCUUAUGCCGUUGACAAAUACAUGUUGGUGCUAACAAGGGUCUUCUAAUUUUAUUGCUUAUUUUUUUGUCUUCCAAUGGAAUGUCCAAAGACUUCUAAUCUGAAAUCUAACUAAUGCAAAGCAGUUAGGCUGGACACCUUCCAAGACUUCUUUCCAAAGUCUCACAGUACUCAGCGUUUGUCUUCUGAAUUGAGAGACAAGAUUGGUCAUUUCCAUGUUGUGGAAGUAAUUAAAUUUAACAUGGGCAAGACAAUCUCUACAAGUCAGCACACUGGUGUAUACAGUACUUGAAUUAUAGCUGGUGGGAUAUUUACAUUGUGCUCUACAUUUUGCCGUGAAAAUAGGUAACACGUGCUACUUCAAAGGCUUGGUACCAGGUGUUCAGAAUGAUGUCUCAAUCCAACUUCCUCUUCUUUCUCUUGCUCUCGGAACAAGAUGUUUUCGCCAAGUCAACGACUCUUAAUUUCUGAGGUGUGAUCAAGACUAUGAAAUAUCUUGUUACAUUUGCCAUGAGACGUUAAAGUAAAGAAUUGUGCAUUUUCGGCCUUUCUUGGAAUUUGAAUAGUUCAUUCCAAGGGAUAGUAUGCCAUAAUUGUACUAUCAGUGUGUGUGACCUUUGAAUAUUUCUAAAUUGAAAUUCACCAUAUUUUGUCACGUAGUGCUUUAGCUUCCUACCACUGCUUCAUAGGCCCAGAGAAAAAUCACAUUGUCAAAAAUGUGACUUAAUUUAUUGUUGUACAAUACAGGGCGCAAUUCUUCAGAAACAUUUUUGAGCUUUACAUGCAUUUGGAAAGAUGAAGCCUACAUUGCAGUAGGAAAAAGCAUGCAAGGCCCACGUUCACUUUCCAUCCUUGGCAAGUACAUGUACAUGUAGAAAUUUGUUUACUUGUGGGUAAACUACUAAAUUGUUUUGUUACUUA